AUGGACCCCGCGUACUGGAGCCCCGCGGUGGAUGUCUGGAGCUGGGGAAUUCUCGUCGUGGAGCUUCUCACAAAGCAUUAUCUCAUCGAAAGCGACAGCGAACUGGCCACGCUGAAUCGCUUCGCGAGAAUGGCGGGGACCGAGUCGAUGAGCGAAGCCGAGCGGAAGCAGCUCGAUGAUUGCAAUGAACACAGCUUGCUGCGGUUCGGAUCGAUUCGAGGAGCGGUGGAGGAGGCGGUGCCGAACGCGUCGCCGGCGGUGCUGGCAGUGCUGCGCGACUGCUUUCAUUUUAUGCCUGCGGGGAGGAAGAGCGCGGAGGAGUUGAGGAGGAGCGAGUGGAUGCAGGGGUGUGGAGGGCAGGAAGAGUUGGCGGAUUGGAGCCAGUGGGUUCGAGAGAAGAGGGAAGAGAAGAAGAAGAAGACGUGGGAGAUGUGGCAAGAGUUGCAGAGAAUGUUGAUGGAGAAGCAAGAACGAAAGAGAGUGAUUUUUGGAAUCGAAUAG